AGGAGUGGAGUUUGGCAAACAGAGCAUCAAUCUCUCUCUCUUUAAUUUGUAGCUUAUUUCAAGUAUUACUGUUUCCUUGAUAAAGCAUGGCUGUAUCACAUCUAGCUGGCAAAAGCCCUGCCAUGCUUUCCAUGAUGCUGCUCUUUGGGAUAUUAUUAGCUAGCCUAGAUACUGCAGGUGCCCAGAUAGGUGUUUGCUAUGGAAUGCUUGGUAACUUACCACCACGACCAGAAGUCAUAGCUCUCUACAACGAGAGAGGCAUUCAAAGAAUGCGGCUCUAUGAUCCAGAUCAAGAUGCUUUACGAGCCCUUGGAGGCACCAACAUCGAGCUCAUUCUUGGUAUUCUAAAUCCUGACCUUCAAGGGAUUGCUUCUAGUCAAGACAAUGCAAAUGCAUGGGUGCAAAACAAUGUAAGAAACUUUGGCAAUGUCAGGUUUCGAUACAUUGCGGUAGGAAAUGAGGUUAAGCCCUCAGAUUCAUCAGCACAGUUUCUAGUCCCUGCCAUGCAAAACAUUCGCAAUGCACUCGAUUCAGCUGGGCUAGGAAGUAUCAAAGUUUCAACCGCUAUUGAUCCUGAGGUCCUAACAGAUGAUUCCUUCCCUCCCUCAAAAGGCUCUUUCAGGGCAGAAUAUAGACCACUUCUCGAUCCGAUCAUUCGCUUUUUAGUGGACAAGCAAUCUCCAUUACUCGUUAACUUGUAUCCAUACUUCACUUACUCAGGUGACACAGCAGGAAACAUCCCCCUUGAUUAUGCUCUCUUCACAGCUCCAUCAUCACCAGUCUCUGAUCCACCACUGAAUUACCAAAACCUUUUUGAUGCUAUUCUUGACACUAUUUACGCUGCUUUGGAGAAAUCUGGUGGAGGUUCUUUGGACAUUGUGGUAUCAGAGAGCGGUUGGCCAACAGCUGGAGGGAAAGGAACAUCAGUUGAUAACGCAAGAACAUAUAACAACAACUUGGUUCAACAUGUGAAGACAGGAAGUCCAAAAAGGCCUGGAAAGCCUAUAGAAACCUAUAUUUUUGCCAUGUUUGACGAGGUUAACAAAAGCCCAGAAUUAGAGAAAAACUGGGGGCUAUUUUUUCCAAAUAAACAGCCAAAAUACCAGAUCGAUCUCAACUAAAGAGUGCCAAGAAGUUGUGGCUACAGAAUAAUGAUAUUAUAGGGCAGGAACACUCCAAUUUGUAUGGAGUAUACUAAAUAAGAAGAUUGUAAUCCACAGAAAAAGGUGAAAACUAUGUUUACCUAAAUUAAUGUAAUCUCCAAUAAUGCUUACAAGACUAUUAUAUGUAUAUUUAUGAAAUCCCAUGCAAUAUUAGGGUGAUUGUCUCUUCAA